AUGACCAUCACAUCAAACAACCACACCUCCGCCUGGAAGUGCGAACAAUGCGGACUGCCCGGCGUCCGCGUCUCAACAGGCUCAGGCCGCAACAGCUCUGCACACUACAAGUGCGUCCCCUGCAAUCGCUCCCUGGGUCCCUGCCCCUGCACAACACCCGGAGCGUACACAACAUCCACAUGCCCCUGUGGCGCCAGUAAAGCCGAUUCACCCGGUCUAGAGGAAGUUCCUCGCGGUGUCUCGAUGCUUGCGCCGCGCAAGGGCUCGCUGAACCCCCACAACCCGGACAACGGGUUCGAUGAGGACUGGGAGGCGAAUUGCAAGCCUGGAUACAUGGUCUCGCGUUUCAAGGCUGAGGGCCAUGAGUUGCUCUGGCCUUGA